AUGGGGCAGAAGAAGAUGAAGACUAAGAAACAGAAAAAAUCACCCCAGGAAAAGAUCGCAACCGGACGCGGCGAAGAAGAACGGCCAAAAUUCCCAAUCGCCGACGAUAAAGACUGGCGUCGACGGCAGAUUAUAAGGACCAACAUGUCGAAAACCGGCGGGAUCACCAAAUCAUGGGUGGUCUCAUCGCCCUCUUGCAAACUUAAUCAGCCGCCGCACAGACAAACCUGCCCUCAGCUCGCUCUAAUUGGAAUCCCUUUCAAAAUCAGAGAUACCGGAAUGUUUCGGUACAGUAAUUGCGGCACGCGCAGUGACUAUAGUGUCCCCUUGAGACGUGCUCUGACUUCCGGCAAAACGACAAUGGUCGUAAUCGGCGUUGCUUCACCUGCUUUUGCAUACGUCACCAUGUACGGCUAUGGCUAUUACGGUAGUUAUUCUCACUGCAUGUGGAAAACAAGCGACUGCAGAGUUAUAGAGCCUUUCUCGGCCACCAAUCGUCAGUAUAUGGAGUUCACAAACUUUAUUGGAUUAAAAGGGAAGUUCUAUGCCAUUAGCCGGCAGGGCAGCCUGGCAAUGCUCGAGGACAGUGAUGGUUUAGGGGAUUACGAGAUUACUCGUCUGGGAAUUAAUCGAGCCGUCCCUUCUAAGCCCUGCAGACACUUUAGAGAGUAUUUGGUAAGGUGCGAAAGAAAAAUCUUUUUGGUGCUUUUGCUAUCAAUGACUUCUGUCAAUGUCGUGGACGAUGUGGAGGUUUUCCGGUUGGAUGAAUCGAGAUUGUGUUGGAAGAAAGUGGAGAGGCUUCCGGAUGAUGCCGUGUUUUUUGUGCAGGACAAAUUCUGUUUGGGGAUCUCGGCAAGUUUGUUGGGAUGCAAAAGCGGGAGCAACUGUGUCUACUUCAGGUAUGCGAGGGCAGAAACUUGGUUUUGUUUUGACAUGAAAACGAGAAGCAUUUCGACUACUGCCGGACCUGUGAUGGACCGUCCGAUGGAUUAG